AUGAGGGAACGAGCCCUAGAAAUCUUUAGCGUCCCGACGUGGUACACGAAACGAUGUGUGGAUCCGGUCCAGGAACAAAUCGGCCGCUCACUGCUUCUCGCAACGGUUGAUAGCAGCAUGCAUCAGAGCAUAUUACGCCAUCCAAACUGCUAUGAGAUGUUCACCUAUCUCAACUCACGAUUCUUCACCGUAACUCGAGCGGAGCAAAUGGUGUGUUGGGACAAGUUGAUUAACUUCAAACUGUCCGAUUUCUCGAGCAGCGCCGAGGGAGUCACGAAGCUGUACGAAACCCUGGACGACUUUGUCAGCUUCGGACUGGAUCUUAACCGGGAAACAAUCGGCGGACUGGCGCUACAGAGCUUGAUUGAGGCUGGUUCUGAGCUACGUCGUGAGGUGGAUCGCCAUGUCAAGCAAGACUUGGGAGGCACCAGCAAGACGCUUUCCAAGAAAGCCGUUACGCCAGACCAAAUUCUGAAGCACAUCGAUAUCGUGAAGCGACAACAAGAUUUAGGUUCAUCGCGAUCAAGUACGUUCUCGGCGUCGACACCUCAAGCACACCAAUCAACGGCCGACGUCCAUUCUGACCAAGCUAAGGAAUUCUACGAUCCUCGAACCUGGCCCAACACACACGAGCAAGUAGAGGGACUGGCGAUUUCGGGACCCCAAUGCUGGAACUGCCGAUCACCGGAUCAUCUCCUAAGCAAAUGUCGUCUGCCCAGAAGGAUCGACUUUGAUCGCCCACCGUCGUCAUCCAACUUGUGGCGGAAACAGCCUCAACAUCAUGUUGGCAACAGAUCGGGCCACACCCCGGUGAUGGCACCAGGAAACUUCCAAGCCUGGUAUCCAAUCGUUACCCCGCCUGGGUAUCAACAUCGUGGCUUUCAACCGGCACAAUCACCAUACGCCCCACCUCCAACAAGCCUGCAAGGACAACAACCUGCCAAGCGAGCUGACUUGUAUCGCCCCGACUACCGUCAGAGGACCCCACAACACCCGCUGAAGUCGCAAAGCCAGGCUUCUGCCAACACAGUCGAUGCUGGCAAUCCAUCUGAGGAACCCGAUCACCACCAAUCCCAACCAAGUCAAGACUACUAUCAUCCACCCUGUCCGAUCCAGGAAUCAACAUCGAGGAUGAUCGAAAUUGGCGUGUUUGACGAAGGACUACACAAUGGAGUAGUACCGGGGUUCCGUCAACUCACGCUGGGCGACGGUGAUGACCCAGUGUUAGAAACGGGUGCCACUCAUCACUUGACAAGCAAUAGGAGCUGGGGACCUCUCUUUUCCGACCCUGAAUGGGCAAAUCGCAAUUCUUAG